AUGAACUAAUUAACUGCUCUCUAUAUAAGUGUUACAAUAUUGAUAUCAAAGGCCUAUAAUUUAAAUAAGGUAAGUUUAAUUCAUAGAAAUUAAUAAGAAUAAGAGGAUAAUUCAUAAAUAAACUAUUGUUAACUGAAUUAGAUAAAAAUAGAUGAAAUAUGUUAAAGUAGAAGUAAUACAAUAAAUUAGAUUGCCAUUUCAGUUGUUAAUAAUGUUAUGGAAUAGGAUAGGAUAAAUGUAUUUCUUGUAAUAAUGUUGCGAAAAGAACAUUAUGGAAUAAUCAAUGCAUAUGUAUGAUAUCAUACUAUGAAAAUGAACAAUAAUCAGUCUGUUAGGGUAAAUUUAUAAAAGUAAUAAAAAGAAUGCCAUAAAUCUUGUAAAAGUUGUUAAGGAUCAAGUGCUAAUGAUUGUUUAAGUUGUUAUGAAGCUUAUGAAAUAGUGAAUGGAAACUGUGUAUGCAACUUAGGUUAUUUUUAUGAUUAUGACAAUAUGGAAUGCAGAUGUAUUAAAUUAUUAUAAAAAUUAGAAUGUCAUUUUAGUUGUGAAUAUUGUAGUGGUUAUGGAAUUGAUAAUUGUUUAAAAUGUCUGAUUAAUUCAUAUAGAUCAUAAAUAAAUAAUAAAUGUUUGUGUAAUGAUGGGUAUUAUGAAAUAGAAGGUGAUCCUGUUUGUAAAAGUAAAGAAUUUAUUUUAUUAAAGAAUGCCAUACAAAUUGUAAUACUUGUAGUGAAUAUGAAAAUUGUUUAAGUUGUUCAAGUGAUAAAUUAUUAUUAAAUAAUGAAUGCGUUUGUUAAACAAAUUAAUUUUUGUUCAAAUCAAAGUUCUUUUCAUCUUGCAAAUGUAAUAAAUAUUAUAUUUACUUAGCUUGUAAUAAGAGAUGCUUAUCUUGUUUUGGAUAAUUAGAAUAUUAAUGUUUAAGUUGUGGAAUACAUAGUACUUUAUAAUUAAACAAUUCAUGUUUAUGUGAUUCUGGUUAUUACCUUAUAAAUGAUUAAUGCUAAAUAUGUGAUUCAAAUUGUUUAACUUGUGCAUAUAGUAAUACACAUUGUUAAAGUUGUAAUACAAAUUAUGUUUUAUAAACAAAUAAUAUUUGCUGUCAUAUAUCAAAUAUCUUUGUUAAUAAUCAAUGUGCAUGCACUAGUACAUAAUAUAAAGAUUCAAGUGGAAUUUGUUAAUGUAAUUAUUAAAUGUAAUUAUUUGAGAAUGUGCAUUGGAAUGUUUGACUUGUAGUGGUAUUAAUUGUGAUGAAUGUUCAAAUAAAUUAUAUUAUGGAUUAUCUUGUAACUCUUCAUCUGCUUUACCAUCAAAUUGUAAUUUUUUUGAUAUAAGUGGGAAUUGUGCAUAAUGUGUUAAUAAUUAUUAAUUAAGUUCCUCAAAAGUUUGUGAAUGUAAUCUUCCAAAUUAUGUUAUCAUUUCAGGAAAUAAUUGUAUAAGUAAGAAAUUAAGAAUACUAAGAUUGUUCCACAUUUAAAAGUAAUUGUACAAAUUGUAAUUCAUCUGGAUGUACAUAAUGUGAUUCAUCAUAUUAUGUCUCAUCAGGAGAUUGUGUAUCUUGUGGAUCUAAUUGUUAAUCAUGUUCAUCAUCUUCAGCAUGUAAUAAUUGUAUAAGUGGUACUUUUGGAUCAACAUGUAUAUCAUGUCAUUAAACUUGUAUGAAUUGUUCAAAUGUUGGUGCUAGUAAUUGUACUUAAUGUAAAAAUAAUGCCCAUUAAGAUUCAUCAGGUAUGACUUUUGGUUGUGUUUGUAAUUCACAUUAUUAUAUGGAUGUAGAUUCUAAUUGUUAAAGUUGUGAUUAAACUUGUGAUGAAUGUUCUUCUAUAAAUACUCAUUGUACAUAAUGCAAUUCUACUUAUAAGAGAAUUCUUAGUAGUAAUAGUUGUAUUUGUGAUACUAUUAAUGGAUUUUAAGAUUUAGGAACUCUUUAAUGUUAUAAUAUUGAUUGUGGUUUUGGAUGUGCUAAUUGUGUAUUUGUAACUCCAGGAUUCAUUUGCAAUUCUUGUAUGGGAACUGAAACAUUUAGAAGAAAUGAUCCAUCAUCAAAUUGUCCAUGUGAGGAUGGAUAUUAUGAUGUUUAAUCAAGAAUUUGUUUAUGUAUCUUUAUUAAUUUUUACUUUAGAAUGUCCAUAUUAAUGUUCUACAUGUUAAUUAGAUCCAUUUUCUAAUUUACCUGUUUGCAUAAAUUGCUAAAUUAAUAGAGAUAUAAAUGAUUUCUGUAGAUGUGCAAAAGGAUUUUAUGAAAGUGGAACUAAUUGUAUUACUUGUCCUUCUAAUUGUUCUAAUUGUAUAAAUUAAGAUCGUUGUAUCUAAUGUUAAAAUAACAAUUUUGAUCAUGAUAAAAUAAAUGGAAAAUGUUUAUGUAAUCUUACUAAUUUUAGUAAUAAAUAUAAUUGUACAUGUUUAAAUGGAUACUAUCUUAAUAAUAUUAAUAAAAAAUGUUUACGUAAUUUAUUAAAUUAAUUAAUUAUAGCUUGUCAUUCUAAUUGUAAUACUUGUAUAUAUUCAGCUACUAAUUGUAUAAUAUGUAAUGAUUAUCAUGCUUAUCCACCAAAUUGUGAAUGUUCUCCUGGAUUUUAUUUAUAAGAUUCUUAAUGUUUACCUUGUAUUAAUAAUUGUUUUAAAUGCAAAUCCUAAUCUGAAUGUCUAGAUUGUUCAAAUUAAAUGUAAUUAAUCAAUAAUAAAUGUUAUUGUUAAAAUGGAUAUUUCAAUUUACCUAAUUCUUAUGAAUGUCAACCUUGUUCUAAUUAAUGUUCUACUUGUAGAUAUUCAAUUAAUAAUUGUACAUCAUGUAAAUUCAAUAGAAUUUUACCUUAAAAAUGUAUAUGUCCUAAUGGAACUUAUGAAAUUGAUGUAUAUACACCAUGUAAUGAUUGUGAUAAUAAAUGUAAGCUUUGUGAAAUAUCUUCUAAUAAUUGUUUAUAAUGUUCUAUUAAUAGAGCAAAUCCUCCAACUUGUGAUUGUAUUAUUGGAUAUUUUGAAGAUGAUUAAUAAACCUGUUAAUAAUGUAAUAAAAGAUGUAAAUCAUGUUAAAAUACUUCUGAAAUAUGUAUUGAAUGUAAAAUGAAUAUUGCUACUCCACCAGAUUGUAUAUGUCCAGAUGGUUAUUAUUAUGAAUCAGAAUAAGGUUGUGUUUAAUGUCAUUUUAGAUGUAAAACUUGUAUUGGCUCAAAUGAAUAUAAUUGUUUAUCAUGUGAUGAAUCUAAAAAUUUUGAACUUCUCUAUAAUAAAUGUGUUUGCUAAAAAAAUUAUUAUUUUCAAAAUGAUGUUUGUAUUUAAUGUACUAUUGAAAUUGAACUAUGUUAAACUAUCUAAUGUGGAAAUGGUAUAAUUUAGAAGAAUGAAUAAUGUGAUGAUUGGAAUAAUGAUGAUAGAGAUGGUUGUUCUAAUAAUUGUAAAUUUGAAGAAGGAUAUUUUUGUGAAUCUAUACCUAAUACAAACCUUCAUAUUUCUAUUAAGAUGACUUAAUGUACUAAAUGUGUUGAAAAUUGUAAAAUCUGUAGUAAAAACAAAUGUUAAAUUUGCUAAAGUGGUUACUUUAUCACUCCUAAUUUUGACUGUUAAAAAUGCGAGUAAAUCUUAAUUAUAAUAAUUUCAUAGUUUUCAUUGUAAAGAGUGUUCUGGAGCAUAAUAAAAAGAUUGUUUAUCUUGUAUCAAAGGAAUUGAUUAUGGUUUGGGUAAAAAGUGUGCUUUUUGUGAAGAAACUUAAGGAUUAUAUACAAAUAAAUAAAAGUGUGUUUCAAAGUGUGGAGAUGGAAUUAAAAUAUAUGAUGAAUAAUGUGAUGAUGGAAAUAUAAUUAAUAAAGAUGGAUGCUCAGAAAAAUGUAAAAUUGAAGAAGAUUGGGAUUGUUCAAAAUAAAUAAAUACAAUAAGUUCUUGUUAUAAAUUAAAUGUACCAAUAGCUUCUAUUACUUUUAACAGAGUAAAAGAUUUUUAUUAAUCUUAAAGAUAAGGAUCUAUUAAAUUUAAUAAAAUUAUGACAAUACCUAAUUCAUCUAUAAUAAAUGCAUGGAAGUAUAGUCUACUUAAUUAAACAACAUCAUAUUACACUAUUAAUUUAACUGCUCUUUUAGAUUUAGAUGGUUAUUUGGAAUCUGUUUAAAUUGAUUUGAAAUUACUUAAAUCCAUGUCUUAAAUUAUAUUUCAAGUUGAUUUUACAACUUUUAUUAUUAAUGAUGCCAUAGAUCAAUUUCCAUUAAAAACUACUAAUCUUUCAGUAGAAUUGACUAAAUACAUUUAACUUGGAUAAGAUACUUUGAGCACAUCAAAGGCAUCUAAAUAAUUUGCAUCUUCUGUAUUAUUUAUUUUGGGGGGUGUUUCACUUUUAGGAUUAUUAAUGGGUAGUUUAGAAUUUUAUUGGAAUGUUCUGGAUAAUUUAUAAAUUCUAUCUUAUAUUACCUUUAUUAAUGUUAAUUUCCCAUAUUUACACAAUAAAUUCUUAGAGAUAUUUGAAUUUGCAAGAUUUGAAUUUACAAAUGACUAUUUUAAAUUUGAUAUAGUUUAAAACCUAGAUUAUUAAUAGAAUAAAGAUUAUCCAUUGAUUGUUGAAAAACAAGUAGAAUAUAAUUUAGUGAUCAAUUUGAGUUCAAUUGUAGUUUUAUGGGUUACUCCUAUCAUCUUAUUAAUAUUAGCUAAGAUAAAUUUAUUUAUUAUUCAUGAAAUCUUGAUUAAAAAAUUCAAAAUGUUAUCCCUUUAUCGUUUGGAAAAAAUAAAUAGUCUUACCUAUUUAAUAUAUAAAUUGGUAUACUUUAUUCAUUAUAUCAGCUUGAAAUAUUAUUCCAAUUUCUUUUAUAACAUUAUUCUUAGAAUUUACUUAUCUAGUCUUUAUGAUCUAAACUUUUCAAUUUUCACCUCAGCCUAUUGUUGGCUUUGGAAUUAGAAUCCUAAUUUAAUAGAUUAAAUAUCAUUUAUAGCAGCUAUGUUCCUACUCUUCAUUUAAAUUGCAAUUUUAUUUAUAUUAUCCUCAUCAUUAAAAGUAUCUACUUUUCAAUUAAAAUCUAAAAAAUUUUUAUCUUAAUUUAGUUCCUUAUAUGAAGGAGUUAAUUUUAACAAUUAAAUAAUUAGAUAAAUUUAAUUUCUGUAACCAUUAAGAAAAAUUGUGUUUAUGGGAGCCUUAAUUUUAUUUUAUGAUUAAGCUAUUUUUUAAAUAUCCCUUCUAAUUUCAAUUUAGAUUAUAUCUUCAAUAAUUUAAAUAUCCUAAAAUCCUUAUUUAAAUUAUUUGCAAUCAAUAAAAGGUAUAACUUAAGAAGUAGGAUUAAGUUUAUCUUUAUCAUUAAUCUUAAUUUAUUAUGGUCAAGAUAAAUUGAACUUACUUGACUAAAAUAUAAUUGAAAAGUUGUCAUAUGUUCAUGUAGGAAUAUAUACAUUAAUGCUUUGUAUUAGUCUCAUAAUUGACUUAUACCAAUAAUUAAAGAUCAUUUUUAUUAAAUAUAAAUUAUCUAGGUUUUGCCAAAAGAAAAAUAUCUAGUAAGAAAAAUAAGAUAAUCCUUUCCAAUAAAGUAUAUUUAUAGAUUUAACAUAAUUUUAAAACCAAUAAAAAAAUUAAUAUAGUUUUACUAAUUUUAGAAUUACUUGA